UGUGUUUAGUUUUGUCAAUACGAAUAAGGUUAAAAAUCUCAGUUAUUAAGACUGUUGUUUCUUGUUCGAAGUGUUUUUUGCGUGUACCUUGAAUUAUUCGCACGUUUAAUGCGCUGUUAUUACCAUUCACCGUUAAAAAUACACGUUUUUCCGAUCAAUAUCGGCGUGAUUUUAUUGUUUCUUGUAAUUGUUGGCUUAUGCAAUAACGCAAUUUGUUACACAAAUGAAUCAAUGCGGUGAAGUAGUCGGUCUCAUUCAAAGUUUCAAGUGCUAUUUCUCUCUUUCAAUUUCAGCACUGACUGUUUGGAAGAAAAGAAAAAACAAUAUAACACAUGAAGCAGUAUUCCGCUAUCGCUCAAAUUGAUUGAACAUAUUGAGUAUAGUAUCUGAUCAUAGAAUUUAUGUGCAGUUACAAGUAUAAAAAAAGGUUGAGUUCAUUUUUGCUUUUAAUUGUUUUUAAACAUUGAAGACGCAACAAUUGCUGGACUAGCAAUAUUAGUAUUAUAUCAACGGGAAAAGUAAACACCAGAUCAUAUUAUAUUGAACGCAUCCAUUCACAUUAAAACUUAAUGCAAUAAAAGUAAAAUUCGUUCGUGCGAAAUUUGUAAGUAAUGAAAAAGUGCGCAUAAUACUGAAUACACACGUACUAGCGGAAAGUGCUCGAAAGCGUCGAAUACGAAAAAAAACUAUUUUCCCUCCAAAGAUUUUUUUCGUUAUAGGAGAAAUUGACUGAAUUGCUGCCAUUUUUCGAUCAUUUCUGUCGGUUUUAGUAACAAGCAUCAAUUUUUACAUUCAAAAAUGAAAUGUUACGUUCGCAUUUUUAUGGUUUGCGCUCUGUUUGUCAUUUCUAUACAUGGCAAGAUAAACCAACAGAAGCCGAUCAAAGUAACUGUCAUUGGUGCAACGGGUGGUGUAGGUCAACCGAUGAGUUUGUUAUUGAAAGAAAAUACAUUAAUUUCGGAAUUAGCAUUGUGGGGUGAUGCCCGAGGUGGUAUCGGAAAAAUACCAGGAAUUGCAGCGGAUUUGUCACAUAUCAGUACACCGGUUAAAGUUCUCGGUUACAGUGGGCCAGGCAAUAUAUCGGCUGCACUUCAAAAUGCUGAUGUUGUUGUUAUACCAGCUGGUGUUGCACGGAAAAAAGGCAUGAGCCGUCAAGAAUUGUUCAAAGCAAAUGCUGAGAUACUCCGUGACAUAGCUGUGAAAAUAUCAACGGUAUGUCCAAAGGCGUUGAUAGCUAUCAUCACUAACCCAGUCAACUCGGGCGUUCCAGUGGUAUCCGAAGUAUUAAAAAAGCAGGGCACAUAUGAUCCAAAUCGCAUUUUCGGUGUGACCACAUUGGAUAUUGUUCGCGCACAAACAUUCAUUGGCGAUGAAAUGAAUGUUAGUCCAUUGGAGGUAAAUGUUCCAGUGAUCGGAGGUCAUUCUGAUGAGUCAAUAAUCCCAGUAUUAUCGCAAACCCAUUUGAAUUCAGUACCAAAAAAAGCUUUAACUUUACCAAAAUUCGAAGAAUUGACUAAACGCAUUCAAGUGGCUGGUAGCGAGAUCGUCACUGCUAAAAAUGGUGAUGGAUCGGCCACAUUGUCGACAGCAUAUGCCGCCACUCGUUUUGUCAAUGCAUUGGUUGAAGCAUUGACGGGAGAUCCAAAUGUGUUCGAAUACGCAUAUGUGCGCUCAAAUGUUACAACCGCCAAAUAUUUUUCCACUCGCUUAAAACUGGGUAAAAAUGGAAUCGAAAAAAUCUUUGGCAUUCCAGAAUUGAACGAGUUUGAGAAGAAACUUCUGCAUGAAGCCAUCCCCUUAUUACAAAAAGACAUUGAAGCUGGCGAAAAAUACGUUAAGGAAGAACAGAUAACAACGAAAAAUUUACAAUAAAUUAUUGAACUUCUUCAAUCAUUACAAUUAUACAGUAGAACAUCGAUUAUCCGUCAGGCACCGGAUCAGAGCCUUGACGGAUAAUCGAAAAAGACGGAUAAUCGAGAUUUUCAUAAAAUAAGGCAAAAUAAUCAAAAUUUCCAUACUUUCUAAUUAGUUUUUGAUGAGAAACAAAGUGAUGUAGAAAAUAUAUAAUAGAUAUGAGAACAGAUUUGGUGAAUUGUCCAAUAUAUUGGACAAUCUUGUAUAUACAAGAAGUGCACCGAAAACGCAAAGCCUCUGAUUUCAAAUCUUAUUGUGCGAAUGUACAAGCGGCACACAAUUGAUUUUUAUUAUGAAAGUUAGUUGGCAACUUUAUUCGUAUGUUCAAGUGAAAUAAACUGAAAAAUGAACUGAACAAAAACUUUUCCACCUUGAAAAUGUAUGACGGUUAACGGAGGUGACGGUUAAUGGGAGGACGGAUAAUCGAGGUUCUACUGUAUUUAACUUUGUUCAAGAUAAACUCAUUAUCAUUUGAUCUUUUUAUUAUGCCACAUUUAAUAAAAAAUCACCAAAUUUAAUAAAACUUGAAUUGGAAUGAAGAAAAACUCAAUGCGUAUUUUUUUCAAUUGUAAUGUUAUACGAAAAUUCAAAAACAAAUGAAUUCCCCACCGCAUGGGAUAAUCUACAUUCAGGCAAUUGAGCUGCUCAACAGCCAA